AUGACGAAAGAACCUCAAGAUUUGCAGAUCGCCAUCCUGGGGGCAGGCAUGGGCGGCUUGACUUCUGCUCUGGCGCUAGCCCAGCAGGGAUUUAAGAAUAUUCAUGUCUAUGAGAAUGCCAGCGACCUCGGCUUUGUCGGGGCUGGUAUUCAACUGGCGCCAAACAUGGCCCGUGUUUUGGACGGACUUGGUGUCUGGAAGGGUAUUGAGGCGGAAGCUGUGAAUAUUGAAGAUACAUCAGUCAGAGAGGGCGCCACGGAUAAGGAACAUGCCUAUGUGGAUCUGCGCUAUAUUGAAAAAACCUACGGAUAUAAGCACAUGGUUGGACACCGUGCAUCACUUGCCAAUGGCUUGUACGAGGGCUGCAAGAAGCACUCCUCCAUCAAGUUCCACUUUGGAAUCAAUGCGGACAACGUGGACUCCUUCGGCCCUCGCCCAUCAUUCACGGCUAACCCCCGUGCCGAGGGUGCCGCUCCUUUCAAGGUGGAAUGCGAUGUACUUCUCGCCGCCGAUGGUAUCAAGAGUGUAACCCGCGUUGAGAUGCUGAAACGGUUGGGCGUCGAUGUCGGUGUCAAGGACACCCAGCAAGCAGCCUACCGUAUCAUGAUCCACAAGGACCAGAUCAAGGACGACCCGGAGCUGCUAGCUCUUAUCAACAGCAAUCGUGUAACCCGCUGGAUUGGUGCAAAGCGUCACAUCAUCGCCUACGCCGUCUCCAACAACACCAUCUACAACCUCUCCACCACCCAGCCCGAUACCAACUUCGCUGCCGCCACUAACGCCACUUACACGACCAAGGGUUCCAAGCCCGCGAUGAUGGGCGUCUUCUCCGACUUCUGCCCUAUGGUCCAGCGUAUGCUGAACUACGUUCCCGAGGGCGAGGUCUGUGAAUGGAAGCUGCGCGUUCACGACCCUCUCCCCACCUGGGUUCAUGACUCUGUCGCCCUCGUUGGUGACGCCUGCCAUCCUACCCUCCCUCAUCUGGCCCAGGGUGCUGCCCAGGCUAUUGAGGACGGUGCCGUUCUCGGUGUUGUUCUCUCUAAGCUCCCUGAUACCACCCCCGAGUCCAUUAACAAAGCUUUGCGCGUAUACGAGAAGGUCCGCAAGAGCCGUGCUGAGGCUCUGGUUGAGAUGGCUACUGCCUCUGGUCGCGCUCUCCAUUUGGGUGAGGGGGCCGCCAAGGAGGAGCGUGAUAAGCAGUUUGCUGCUCUCCGUGCUGGCAAGGGCCCCGUACCAGAUAAGUGGGCUGAUGCUGAUGUCCAGCGUGAGAUCUAUGGCUUUGACUGCACGAAGGUCGCGGCUGAUAACUUCAACGAAUACUUCUCGCAGAUGUAA